AUGCUCGACUACAUCCGGGGCUGUAUUUUCGGAAUGCUGGCUGAUGAGCCAGACCAUCCCGUCGAAUACCGUUCUCCCGAGUCCAUCGCUUCCGAUAUCGUCACUAAGAUUCUGACAGCCGAUACUCUCGAAUCACUCCACAAACAGCUAAAGGAGGAAAUCUCUAUCGAUAGCUGGUCCGAGGCCAUCGCGAAGGCUAUACUGCACGGCUUGGAGACUGCAAUCAAAGUUGGCACGGAGAUGGCCAAGACAGCUGCUGACGCAGCAGCUAAGAGCAAGGAUGCUGCUAUCGGCUUCGCGACCGAUCAUCCUGUGUACGCUACAUUGAUUGCAUUGGGAAUUUUGGCCCUGUUGACGCCGUGGGCUCUAGAAACCCUCGGAUUUGGGGAGUUAGGUCCUAUUGAGGGCACUUUCGCGACAUGGUGGCAAAGACGAUACGCCGGGUAUGUACCCAAGAGGGCUUUGUUUGGAUACUUCCAGAGACUGGGAAUGCAAUGGCACUGGACUUUCUGA